AAAAAUGUAGCCAUGAAAGACAGAUGCCACCAAUGAAGUGCGACAAAAACAGGUAUUCCCUCCGCAGCAGCGGCACUAGGCUUCAGUUUGGAGUUGUGGAUUGUGAAUUUUCAAUAAUUCUCAUUAGCAAACUAGGUAAUAGCUAAAAAUGAGUUCCAAGAAAAAUCGUACCCGCGAUAGUUCAUCCUCAUCGAAUUCGAGUAGGGCCUCUUCUCCUGAUUCAAGGAAAAAACAUGGAAAACAUUCUAAAUCCCAUGAAAAGCGCCAAGAAAAGAAUAAACCUAGAGAAUCUGGAAGAACAAGGAGGAGUGUGUCGAAGGAACAAGUAAGAGAACCAUCUAAGUAUAGAAGAAGUAGAUCUAGGUCUAAUGAAAGACAAGCUAAGCAUAGGAAUAGAUCUAGAUCCAGGAAUGAGUCCCAAUCCAGAGAUAAUAGGUCUCGUUCAAGGGAAGCCAGACGUUAUAAUGAUAGAGAUAACAGAGCUGGUGGGUCUAGACAUGAUAGAGGGAAUCACAGAGAUUUCAGAGAUAGAUCCAGAAAUAAUCAAAAUGAUGGGAGAGAUUUUAGAAGGAAUGAUAAUAGAAGAAGAAGAAAUAGUCCUUCAUUUGACCAUGCAAAUGCCAAAUGGGGCAAAGGAGAAGAUAAUCCCAAAGAUAAAAAAAAGCAAGAGAACAAGGCGAAGCCUGAUUUUGGCUUGUCAGGGAAAUUGACCGAAGAAACUAACACUUACAAAGGAGUUGUGAUCAAAUACAGUGAACCUCCAGAAGCAAGAAAACCAAAGAGAAGAUGGAGACUUUAUCCAUUUAAGGGCGAUAAGGCCUUGCAAACUUUGUAUAUUCACAGAGAAAGUGCUUAUCUUAUAGGGAGAGAUAGGAAAGUAGUGGAUCUUGCUGUGGAUCAUCCUUCUUGCUCUAAACAACACGCUGCUUUACAGUAUAGACUGGUACCUUUUACUAGAGAUGAUGGAUCUAGUGGGAAAAGAGUUCGCCCCUACAUAAUCGAUCUAGAAUCCGCAAAUGGUACAUUUCUCAACAACAAUAAAAUCGAAGCAAAAAAAUAUGUGGAGCUUCUUGAACGUGAUGUUUUGAAAUUUGGAUUCAGUUCCAGAGAAUAUGUUUUGCUGCACGAGAACAGUAAAGAUGAAACGAUGGAUGAUGACGUGAAAGUAGAAGAUGAAGAGGUCAAAAAGGAAUUGGAAAUUACUGAUGUUAAAGAAGAAGAGGCAGCAUUGAUUUAGAAAAUAUGCGGCAUUCGAUAUCCCAGCAAACACUGUAAAGCAUGACAAAAAUGACAAGUUAGUACACAUGCACCAGACAAUAAUAUAAACGUUAGUACACAGAUUGUAUUAUAAACCAAGAUUAGGUAAUUGAAUCAAUGAGUUUUUAGCAAACAAAAAUAACAAAUAUUUAUUGCUUUUAGAAUUUUUCUAACUUAUUUUGUAACAAAAUGCAACAUCUCAAACUUCAAAAUCCUACUUACGAUCUGGAACAGUACUUAUGUACUGAGAAUGGGCCCCAGUUGUAGGAUUCCUCAGAUGCUCCCUAUGAGACUGAUCCAAUACUUCCAGACAAUACUUAAAUGUAGGUCUUUGUUCAGAUUCAAGUUCCCAACAUUUAAUCAUCAAUUUAUACCUGAAGAAAAUAGAAUUGUUGAUAAAAACGCAUUCAGUUAAUAAGGUUGAAACUUACAAGUCGUCUGGACAAUCUGUAGGCUUUCCCAAUCUUCCACCUCCUCGCACAUAGUGCAAAACUUCUAAAUUACUUCUUGCUUGAUAAGGCUGCUGCCCCAAAGUCAUUAUUUCCCAUAAUAAUACUCCAAAGGCCCAUACAUCUGAUUGGCAUGUGAAUACACCAUCUAGAAGCGAUUCUGGAGCCAUCCAC